CUACAUCUUCUCAGACAUUCACGCCGCAAUAUCCUGGCCGUGAUCCACCGAGUGAGCCAAUCUCAAAACCAUCACCAUGAACGAAAGCGCAGCAUGGCCGAUUGCCGACGAGCAACUCGCGCAAUUGACAUUAGACCUGGUCCAACAAGCCAGUCACUAUCGCCAGCUGAAGAAGGGAGCCAAUGAAGCCACCAAGACACUAAACCGCGGGACUUCAGAGAUCGUUAUCCUCGCAGCCGAUACCUCUCCGCUCGCCAUCCUCCUUCAUCUACCCCUACUCGCCGAGGACAAGAACGUCCCGUAUGUCUACGUACCGAGUAAAGUGGCCCUUGGUCGCGCUUGUGGGGUCAGCCGAGCUGUGAUUGCGGCCAGUAUCACCACGAACGAGAGUAGCGACCUUACGCCUCAGAUCAGGGAAUUGAAAAACAAGGUGGAGAGACUGAUGAUUUGAGGUGCUUGGGGACUCGUCACUUCACCUGGCUGAGCAUCGCACUGAGGUUGCGCGCGCGGUCUGAUAUGAGAGACGCUCGAUUAGAGGCAGACAUAAGGGGAGAUAAGAACAGAAGCACGUGUAAUGGGGGAGCUUGAGAGGCAGACCCUGCCGCGUUUGAUACAGGGCGUCAAAGUGCACCAUGGUUAUGAUUAUAUGGCUAGUCAAUGGGUCUAUUGAACGACACGCAGAGCAAGUACGGCUGUAUUGAUUUCCCGGAGCCUCGCAUGUCGAUUCUGCGAAGAGCCCGUUGAUCCUCAGAAGAAGGUCUUGGAGCGCCGGUCUUGAAGCAAAUGUGGUGUAAGUAGAGCCUGGCACAAAGAGGUAAAAAUUUAUUGCCCAUUGUCUCGAAAAA